CUGGUAGUGUAGGAAUUUCCGGUUACGUCAGGGCGUCAGGACUCCAUUAGAGCUGCAGCUGUUUUGAGAGAAACAACAACAAAAACGGGCUAACUGACAGCGCUUCCACAGUGACAGUCCGCUCUGAGCCCGACAACGAGGCCUCAAAUCUGGAAGCUUAACCUUCAUUUCCCACCCGGAGCUUCGCCGGCUUCUAACCACGGCCGCUCUCGGUGAGGAAACUCUGGCCUCCGCUUCCUCCUCCUCCGACUCGGACACCGGCGGAGCGUCGCCGCCCCCGCGGAAGAAGCACCGAGCCUCGGCGGCGGAGGGAGCAGGAGAGCCCGGGGCUUCAGCAGUUGUAACAGGCCUGUCCGGAGUUGUCCUAGGACUUGCUACACACUCUCCACACUCUCAAGCCACCUCUGCCAUCCACUUUAACCGAAGUGUAGUCAACAACCUUAGCAGCAGCAUGCAGGCAAACGGGGCAGGACAGGGACAAGAAUCCUCAGAGCUCUCCUGCCUUAACAGCUCACAAAACGGGGAGUCAUCCUCGGCCGGCGGAACCCACUCCAAUGGGCUUCUCUCCAGCACAGACAACGGGAAUAAUGUCGGUACCAGUAAUGGGUCUUCAACCGGGCCCGGUUCGGGGACUUCGGCUACCCCUACGGCUUCGAGCUCGGAGGUUGGCUCGUUGAAAAAGAAAAAGCGACUAUCGCAGGCGGAGGAAGAUGUCAUACGAUUAAUAGGGCAACAUCUCCACGGACUAGGGCUGAAUCAGACAGUGGACCUACUGAUGCAGGAAUCAGGCUGCAGACUGGAACACCCCUCAGCUACCAAGUUCCGCAACCAUGUUAUGGAGGGGGAGUGGGACAAGGCUGAGAAUGAUCUCAAUGAGCUGAGAGCACUGAUGCAUUCUCCCAAUGCUAUUGUGCGUAUGAAGUUCCUGCUGCUGCAGCAGAAGUACCUAGAGUAUUUGGAGGAUGGCAAAGUCCUGGAGGCUCUGCAGGUGCUCCGGGGAGAGCUGACGCCACUCAAGUACAACACAGAUCGCAUCCACGUACUUAGCGGGUACCUAAUGUGUAGCCAUGCUGAGGAUCUGAGGGCAAAGGCAGAGUGGGAGGGCAAGGGCACCGCCUCACGCUGCCGACUGCUGGACAAAUUACAGACAUACCUGCCACCUUCUGUGAUGUUGCCCCCUCGGCGGCUGCAGACCCUGCUGCGGCAAGCAGUGGAACUGCAGAGAGACCGCUGCCUCUAUCACAACACCAAGCUGGACAGUAGUCUGGACUCAGUCUCUCUCCUCCUCGAUCAUGUCUGCAGCAGGAAGCAGUUCCCCUGUUAUACCCAACAGAUCCUGACAGAGCACUGUAAUGAAGUGUGGUUCUGCAAAUUCUCAAAUGAUGGCACCAAACUAGCUACUGGCUCCAAAGACACUACUGUCAUAAUUUGGCAAGUGGACCCGGAGAGCCACCAGCUGAAGCUGCUGCGAACCCUGGAGGGUCAUGCAUACGGUGUCUCCUACUUAGCCUGGAGUCCCGAUGACACCUACCUGAUCGCCUGUGGACCUGAUGACUGCUCUGAGCUUUGGCUGUGGAAUGUUCAGACGGGGGAGCUGCGGACCAAAAUGUCCCAGUCCCAUGAAGACAGUUUGACUAGUGUGGCCUGGAACCCCGAUGGCAAACGCUUUGUCACUGGAGGACAGAGGGGACAGUUUUAUCAAUGUGACCUGGAUGGUAACUUGUUGGAUUCCUGGGAGGGCGUGAGAGUGCAGUGCCUGUGGUGCCUGAGUGAUGGCAGAGCAGUGCUGGCCUCGGACACCCACCAGCGUAUCCGGGGGUACAACUUUGAGGACCUUACGGACAGAAACAUAGUUCAGGAGGACCACCCUAUCAUGUCUUUUACUGUUUCAAAGAACGGAAGAUUAGCUUUGUUAAAUGUAGCAACUCAGGGAGUACACCUGUGGGACCUUCAGGACCGGGUGCUGGUAAGGAAAUACCAAGGUGUGACCCAGGGCUUCUACACCAUCCACUCCUGCUUUGGAGGACACAACGAAGACUUCAUUGCCAGUGGCAGCGAAGACCACAAAGUGUACAUCUGGCACCGGCGCGGUGAACUUCCUAUUGCUGAGCUAACAGGCCACACACGCACCGUUAACUGUGUGAGCUGGAACCCGGCCAUCCCAGGACUCAUGGCUUCUGCCUCAGAUGACGGCACAGUGCGUGUCUGGGGUCCUGCACCGUUCCUCGACACACAAGAGGUGGAUGGGCUCAACGAGAACUGCAGUAACAUGGACAGUUGAUGGUCACUUUAUGGACCAGAUGACAUCUCUUUAACAACAAUCCAAGAAUCCCACAAUAAAACAAAAUCUUAACGGGCGAAUAAAAUCUAACACCGGCCCUAAAGCAAAUGAAGAAUAACAAACAAAAAAAACACCAAGACAAAAGAGAAAACAAGUGAGAAAAAUUUGUCUCCUGACUGGCCUAGACAAAACGGUGGAGUUGAUGACGGACACUCUGAAAAUUCAGGUCCUCAUCCAAAACCUGAUCCUGACCCAGAGGAAAACCAGUCAACACCCAGUGGGAUACGACCGCCAUCCACCGGUGAGCUGUAACAGCUGUUCUCCUCCUCCAACGGACCCUUCUUCCCCCAUCUCGCUGCAUGGUCACCAGCCAUGCCAGGUCCUCACAUAGUUUCCCAGGAAACCCACUUCCACCUUGAGCUUGGAGCACAUCGUCCCCCGUGAUGCCUCCAGACAGACACCGCAGACCAGCUGUCUACUUAAUGGACUACAUCUGUCUGCCUGUUUGUCUCUCACAUUACCUGUAUAAUGUCUCCAUGGACAUGGGUGGGGUGUUGUUGGGGGAGGAUGGUGCAUAGGGGGAUCUAGCAACUCUUCUGUAUGUAUGUUUUCCUCUUCCCCACUCUCUUGCUAUAUUCUUCGCAUUCGAUCUGUUGGACAAAGGCUGAAAAUCCACCAUAAAAACACUGACCGACCAGCUGACAAAGAACACAAAAAAAAGGCUAUGCUAAAUGUCGGAAUUUUUUUAUGAUAGUCAUAGCGUAAUUCUCAUUUAAGAGGUGAAUCUUAGCUCGAGUAGUUCCCGUGGAAAGCUUUAGCGUGAAGAUUCCACUUUCUGUUUCUUGAUUUGAUAUUAGGAAAACAAACUUUUUAUUCCUUAAUUUAACUUCUAACAAGGACAGUCGCUGUAAUGUUUCCAACUGACCAACCCCCUCUGUCGAGCUAGCUACCGCACAACUCCAUUACAUUUGCCUAAGAGGGGAAGGACAGAGGGAUUCACAGGUCACACAUCAACGGUGAGGGGGGUCAGGCGUUGUUGGUGAGGUGGGGUUUCCUCUGGCAGGACACGUAUUAUGACCUUUCUCAAAAGAACUCUUUCAAAUGUGAAAGAGUUCAAGUGCAACUUAAAUUGCACACCGGUGACUGCUGCCCCUCUGUGUGUGUGUGUGUGUGUGUGUGUGUGUGUGUGUGUGUGUGUGUGUGUGUGUGUGUGUGUGUGUGUGUGUGUGUGUGUGUGUGUGUGUGUGUGUGUGUGUGUGUGUGUGUGUGUGUGUGUGUGUGUGUGUGUGUGAGUGAGAGCGGUUAUGCAUGCGCACAUUAGUGUGAGAGUUGACAUUUGUGGGUGCAGGUUUAAUGGGCGCAUGUUUUUGUAUGUGUGCUCAAUUCACACCAGCAGAAGACCCCCCCAAUGCUCCUAAUGCCAUAGUAAAAUUGUAAAGGGGAUUUUAAACCAAUUCUAAGUUAUCCAAAGCCCCAUAGGGACCUCUAUCUGUGGAACAAAUAAUAAUUGAGAGCCAUUUUGUAAAAGAAAAACUUUUCUUUAAUCUGGGGUUUUAAUUUUUACAUUAGAAUUUUUUUCUCCUUACCACGCGGCAUUCAAAUGGCACUGAGUUAUCAGAAAUUUAAAAAUAGCAAUUUGAAUGAGGCAUGUUUCAAAAAGCUGUAAAGUGUUGUUAUUAGCAAAGGGUCAUUUCAUACGAGAGGUUAGUGAUUGUAAUUAUUGGACGAGUAGUUAGAGAGAAGAGGCACCAAUACCCAGAACCACUCGCUGAGCCAACAGUGUUAGGGAGUGUUGUUGCAAUCCUAAAACACACACACACACAUUCUGCCUUCCUGUUCAUACAGUUGCACACAAACCCUUCAGUAUGUAUGACCCCCCACUGCACUUUGAGUGCUCUCUUGCACCUACUGCAACGGCAUAAAUCCAUAAGUUUCUCGUAGGCUUAUGGUCGCCACACUUGCAGUUCUGAUGGCUUAAAAGGUUGCAUUGGCAAACACUCAAAACCCAACAGGAGAUUGCUAAAGGAUGUGAGCCCUCACCAUGCCUCUAUGCACCCAAAAGCAGUGACUGAUUAUCGUGUAGACAUUAUAAAACUGAAGCUGGCACAUAUAAGGCAUAGCAGCCUCAUCUCGAGGGUACCGCUCUUGGAGCUUAGAGAGAAUUCAGCAUUAACACCCCCUUUGCUCUCCAGCCAAGUUCAUCAGUGGUCAGUGCACCAUUCAAAGCUUUCUUCCUCCCUUUUUCAGGGUAUGUAAUGACUAUUUGCUACAGACUGAUAUACAGUAAAACAUGUUUAAAAUCAGUGCUUUUCUGUCUGUUUUUAUUGAACUUUUUUGUUACUUAAAUUUUUUGUUCACAUUAUAUCAUUUUUGGUUGACCUCUAUCCCUGUAUGAUCAUAUUAAAAUAUAACCAGACAUUUGGAGUCCUCUUUUUUGUAAUCUUUAUAACCCCUGUUAUCUUUCUUUUAUAUCUUUGUUUUUUUUUCUCUUUGUAUUCAGUUGCAUUUUAUCUACCACUACUAUUACAAAUGAAUAUGCACAGUAACACCCAUGCCAAUUGGAGUGGGAAGAGUUUUUAGGAAAUGUGUUACCUACAAUCAAAUCAGGUUUGAACUAUCCACCCCUCGCCUUUAAAGAGUUUCCUUCAUGUGAAAAUCUACUUUAUCGCAUGUCUGUGUAAUUGACCGAAAUCUCUCUCUCGGUGUGCCAUUGUUGAUUGGCGGUUGCCACUUCUCUGACCCUUAUCAAAGCCAAAUCACUUGAGGCACACUGGUGUUUUCUGUAGGUUACUGUGUCAUGGUCUGAUAUUCACACUCUGGAAACCUCUUUCUCAACUCCUGGACUGCAGAAUGGACUCCUCUUCCACACCCGACAUUGUUUCAGAAGACUUGAGGCAAAUCAUACACACUGAGAACCCAAACAAGAGUUUCAGUAAAGCCCAUCAUUCACCUGCUGGUGGCAAAUGCUAUGUCUGUAUGAAACCUGGUGUCUACUCUUCUUUUGUCUGAGUUUACCAAGGGAGUUGUUUCUGAUUUAAAUAUGUCUUCUUUCUCUCAGAGGUGAUGGUGGUGGGGCUGGGUGAGGAAUACUAAGGGCUUACUGUAGCAUCUCUAAGCUCCUUGGGUUAGGGCGGGAAGGGGUGAUGUGUGGCUUUGCGUUAAAUGUGUUAUUUACAAAAGUGAUUGUACUGUUUUGUAUUGUUGUGUAGGAAAAGUGUUAUGUAUGCAUAUUUUCAAUAAAGCAUUCAGGGUUUUGGAAAAAAAAA